AUGAAGUUUGAUACAUAUGAAGAAAGGAAUGGUAGCAAGAUUUCAUUGGGAGACAAAACAAGUUGUGAUGUUUUGGGUGUGGGAAUAGUGAAGAUCAAGAUCCAUGAUGGUGUUGUUAGGAGCCUUAGUAAGGUGAGGCAUGUACAAGAACUAAGAAGGAAUCUUAUUUUCCUUGGCACUCUAGAUAGAGAAGGGUAUUCGUAUCAGGCCAAAGAAAGGAAGCUCUUAAUCACACAAGGUAAAGCAGAAAAUUCUACCAAGGAAGUGCUUUAUACCAAAGAAAAACGAGUAAGGGAUCUAAUUGUUAAGGAGCUGGUGCAACGGAAUGAAGCUACAAGCAUGCUGAAGACUAAUUGGGCAAGGAAGAAGGACAAGGUCCAUAAAGGUGAAGUCAAGACAAGGGAUGAUGGGGAGAGUGUUGUUGGGUUGGUGACAACCGAAAAGAUGCUUCUUAUCAAGGUGAUCGUGGAAGGGACUCCAAGGCCGGUGGAGCUUGACAUAAGGGUUGAAGAAGGUGGGUAUCAACAACAAACUCACAAAGGGGUUCUACUUGAGGUGGAGCCUUCAUCACAAGUAAGGUCCAAGCCUAAGGAAUUUAUCAAACCGUCCCCAGGUUCUGGAUGGAUGGACAAAGAAGAUUCAACUACGUUUCAGAGUUCUUUAGGAGUAUGA